AUGGCAAUGAACGGUUUGUCCAAGAUGGUAGCAACAGCUCUUCUCCUUGUCCUCGCCAUCGUCCCAGCCGCGGUGGCUGUGACGCACACCGUCGGAGGCGCUGAUCAAUGGGACAGUGGUGUUGACUACACAGCUUGGGUUACCGGAAAAACUUUCAGAGUUGGUGACAUUCUUGAGUUCAAGUAUACUCCUUCACACUCAGUGAACGAGGUGAACAAGGCCGGUUACGAUAGCUGUGGAGGCACACCGAUCGAUACUCAUUCUGGUGGAGACACAAAAAUUGAUCUCGACACAGUAGGACCAAAGUAUUUCAUCUGCCCUACCUCUGGUCAUUGUGCAAGUGGCAUGAAGCUAGCCGUUACGGUCGUAGCCGCCUCUGGAACUCCUGACGCUCCUACGCCACCGUCUUCAACUCCGGGCACUCCUGCCACACCGGAAUCACCACCGGCUGCGGGAACUCCAGCCACACCCACACCGGGUUCAGGGUCAACUCCUCCACCAAAGCCAAGUGGUGCCUCUAAGGGACUAGUGAGCUACGUUAUGGUUGGAGUCUCGAUGGUGUUGGGUUAUGGUUUGUGGAUGUAA